AUGUCUUUGGAAGACGACUGGAAGAAGAACCUCCUUGCACCCAAGAAGGAUACACGCAAGAAGACAGAAGAUGUUGAGUCUCGGCGCAACGUCACCUUUGAAGAAUAUGGUUUACGGCGUGAACUGCAGAUGGGCAUCUUUGAAAAGGGAUUUGAGCGGCCGAGCCCUGUGCAAGAGGAGGCAAUCCCCGUCGCGCUGCAAGGCAAAGAUGUGCUAGCACGUGCCAAAAAUGGUACAGGGAAGACGGCUUCCUUCGUCAUUCCCGUUUUGGAGAAAGUGGACACACGAGAGCCACAUAUACAGGCACUUUUGAUGGUUCCAACCCGUGAGUUGGCACUGCAGACGGCGCAAGUAACAAAGGAACUUGGGAAACACAUUUCAGGACUUGAGGUGAUGGUUACAACCGGUGGAACGACCCUGCGUGAUGACAUCUUGCGUCUUCAAAACCCUGUCCAUGUGCUUGUGGCGACCCCAGGUCGUGUGGUGGAUUUGGCGAGCAAGCGCACGGCGAAGCUUGACCGCUGCCGCAUCAUUGUGCUUGACGAGGCAGAUAAACUCCUAUCACAGGAGUUUACGGAAUUGAUAGAGGACCUUUACACCUACUUGCCUGCCGAUCGCCAGUCUCUUCUGUUUUCCGCCACCUUCCCUGUGACUGUGAAGGACUUUGCAGACCGUUACCUGCGCAACCCGUAUGAGAUCAACCUCAUGGAGGAACUGACUCUGCGAGGUGUAACGCAGUAUUAUGUCUUUGUGGAAGAACGGCAGAAAAUUCAUUGCCUGAACACACUCUUUAACCGCCUCCAGAUCAACCAAUCCAUCAUAUUCUGCAAUAGCGUUAAUCGGGUGGAGCUGCUGGCGAAGAAGAUCACCCAGCUCGGUUAUAGCUGCUACUACAUUCACGCCCGUAUGCAGCAACAACACCGUAACCGCGUCUUCCACGACUUUCGUGAGGGGCAUUGCCGCAACCUUGUCUGCUCCGACCUCAUUACUCGUGGUAUCGACAUUCAGGCGGUUAACGUCGUGAUUAACUUUGACUUCCCCAAAUAUGCUGAGACGUAUUUGCACCGUAUUGGCCGCUCCGGUCGCUUUGGACACCUGGGCCUUGCGAUCAACUUUGUGACGUAUGAUGACCGCUACAACGUCUACCGCAUCGAGAAGGAGCUCGACACGGUAAUAAACGCCAUUCCGGGUGAGAUUGACCCUGAACUCUACGCCGCAUAA